AUGGACGCCCGCACGCCUAUCGAGGGUUCUAGCAAUGUCAUCGCACUGGCGGCAUCGUUCAAUCUCAACUGCGACUGUUUUGUCGUCGGCACCAACUCUGGUAUACGAGCUAAGCGGCCGUUCAAAGAAGGCGGCGUGGGCCUCAUCCAAAUCGUCGGACGCACCAACAUCAUCCCCCUCGUGGGCGGCGGCCGCGUGCCCGUGCACAAUCCACUCAAGGUUGUCGUAUGGGACGAGAAGCGUCAGAAGUUCACGCGGGAAGUGCCUUGCGAACGGCCCAUCCGGGGCUUGCAUGUGCUUGGGCAGAAGCUCGUUGUGGUCCUCGACGAAGAGGUGUCUAUCUACAACAUCGACCACCAGCCAGUGCGUGUGCACUCUUUCACCACCACGCCCAACCCGGCCGGCCUUUGCGCCGUGUCGCGGACCCAUUUUGCCAUUCUGGGCCAGAUCCCUGGGCACGUCAAGAUCGUCCACAACGAGACGCACGAAGUCAGCAUCAUCCCAGCACACUCCUCCGAGCUGGCCGCGAUCGCUCUGAGUCGCGAUGGCUCGCUAUUGGCAACGGCGAGCGAGAAGGGUACACUCAUCCGCGUAUUCCUUACCGCUAACAACGGCCGCGUCGCUGAGCUCCGCCGUGGCGUCGACCAAGUCAGUAUCUUCUCGCUCGGUUUCAACCCAUCAGGAACGCUUCUGGCCUGCACAUCGGACAAGGGCACCCUGCAUAUAUUCGACAUCCCGCACCAGACGACAAGUGAUGGCCCCGGGCCGGCGGGCGGAAGCAGGCAAUCUGGCGGCGUCCCCUCUGAUGUUGGCGGCGAGUGGGCCUAUGAAGAGUCCGACGGCGGCGUGUCCUUCUCGUCGGACCAGAGAGCAGAUCCGACGCGCAGCGGAGACAGCCGUAGCGGCCGCUGGGGCGUUCUCGGCAAGAUUCCGUUUAUGCCCAAGUAUUUCCGGGACACCGUAUCGUUUGCAAGCGCCGAGUUCGCUAUGGACGACGGGCCUGCGGCCAACCGAAUCCGCGAGGCAGACGAAGCAUCGGCUAUGAGGCGAUCGCGCUUACCCCUCGGUAUUAUUGGCUGGCGGAACGACAAUACAGUGGUCGUUCUCGGGACUGGUUUGGAGCCCAAGUAUGAACGAUUCGUGAUAUCGACCGGUAACGAAGGCCAGCGCGUCUGUGUUCGCCAGGCAUGGGCCAACUACCUCAACAUGGAACUAUCUUGA